ACCAUCCCUGCCCGCUCCUUCCCCGUGCCGUGCCAACCAACGAGCCGGGGCCGCUUUCGCUUUGUGCGCGCCGGGGCGGCGGUACAUCAAAGCCUUCUAGUUCCCUCUCCGGCCUUUGACGGUCGCGUCGCGGCCGCCCGCUCAGUCAUCGCUCGGUUGUAGACGAUGCCGGCGCGCCGUAGAUGAGCUCGCGCGCGCGCGCUCACACGAGGAGCGCGAGCUCCUCGGGAAUCGUCACCGCGAAUUCGUCGUUGAGCGCGUCUACCUAGUGACUCGAGCUUCCGACCAUCGGUGCAGUGUGUUUCCUCUACCAUCAGCGUACUACCGGUGAAUCUCGAACGGAUCGCGCGUGAGAAUCGCGGGAUGUCGCCUCGAGGUGGCAAGUGCGCGCGUGUCGGCAAGAUGACCACCAAGGGGCGCCAAACACGCGCUCAGCACGCCUCUUUAGACACCAUGGAAGCCGAAGAAGUGACGAUGACGACGACGACGACGAUGAUAACAACGGUGACGACAAGCGCGGCCGCGAUUACGACGAUGGCGACGUCGACGAUGAUGACGUCAAGCGGAACGGUAGUCGCGACAACGAGAAUGGACAAGCCCGCGGUAACCACGGCGUGCGAGGGUCGAUCGGAAUGGUCAGGGCGCAUGCGCCAGUCCCAGGAGAACAGCUCUGAGCCCCGUGAAAACGGUACCCCGGUGCAUCGUUACCCGGAGAGGCAGCGACGACGAGAGAGACACGCGACGGGGAGGAAACAUCGACCGACGAGGAAUAACGAGAACGUCGUGGCCGGCUCCUCGAACUCGUCGGCGUCGUUGUCGUCGCCGCCUGCGCUCUCUUCGCCGUCUUCUUGCGCGUCCUCGCGGCGUUCGACUUCGCCACCCUCCAGCACCUCGUCGCCAGCGCGAUCUUCAAUCUCUACCGCAUCCACGGCCACGAGUGAUCCAUUGGCUAUCAAAGCGGAGGACGUGCCGAUUACCACCAACCACGGCGACGACAGGGUCUGCAAACGGGAGCUGGGAACGAGUCAAGACGCGGAAGAGAUCAGGCAAGACAACAGCGGGUUCCAUGGAGUUACGGAAACUACGACGUCGGCGCCAACCCUGUCCACCAUCGUGUCCUCCUCGUCACCGUUCCCCUCCCCCGUGUCUACUUCGUCGGCGUCCUGUCGGACGUCGACACCGCGCGGUUAUUGCGACGUCGCGCACGCGUCCUCGUCUGCCCUCGAGAGGCUGAGGAGCACCCUGGAAAGCUACGACCGCAGCCGUAUAUACCUUGCCCACGUCUGCUACUUGGACUGGCGAGACCUCCCAGGUAAACGGUCACCAUCGGACGCGGUUAUUGCUGGCUGGUCGUCAUUGGCGGCCACGUUGCUUGCGAAAGGUCAACAUGCUGAGUCAACCUGUGGUCUACGCCGGUGGCGGCAGGGGGUCUUGACCGCUGAUCUCUUCCUUUGGUGGUUCCAUCGCGAGUUCGCCGUAACGGCAAUGGCGAUGCAUCCGGAUGGUGCCGUGCUGGUGGCCGAAAGCGCGGAUUACUUGCCGCCAGAGGGUGACUGCGUCGCCGCGGACGGCUUGGUGCGGCUCUUCGUGGUUCCCAAGGACUGCAUGGAGACGCGACUGGUUGUUCGCGAAUUGAGGGUGCGACUGGCCACCGGUGUACUAUCGAGAGCACGUUGCGGUGUUUACCGUGACAACUUCACCGCUAAUUCGGCGUCCGAAGAAGCCGAUCGGCUGGACGCAUACCUAAGAAGAUUCACGCUGAAAGAGGCGUUCGCGGACCUCCACCGCGCUUGGCUCAGCGUGCGAUCGGAGACGUUCGCUCGCAGCUGGACGUUGCCACGCGACCGCGAUGAUCACUCGCUCGCGGCAUGUUCCAGCAACAGCGCCAUCUUGCCGCCGAGGAUCUACGCGAUGGAUCAAGAGGAGGACAGGAUGUUGUUGGUCGAAUUGCAGAGCCUCGCACGGGAGGCUGGACUCGAAGUCGGCGAUGAGGAACUCGGUAGAUGGAUUCUCGACGAAGAGAGCGCGAUGACGCGUCUAGUUAGGGAGAAAGAGCCGGACGAGGAGCAGUGUCGGGUGAAGAUUGAAGUCGAGGACAAAUGGUCGGAUCGCAAUGGCGACGAGGACGAGGACGGCAACGACGCUGCCGAGGACGACGACGGCGAGGACGAACCCACCGCCGAGGAAGCCGUCGGACUGCUCUCGAGGGUACUGACCUGGAUGGAGAGGGAACCCCUCGAUCCGGGACUCCUGCUGGCGGUCAGAUCGAUGCGCGAUACUGCCGCACUUAUGGCGGGAAAGAUGGGCCUGGCGGGGACGCAUCCGGGCGGGCUUCCCUUCUUUUGCCCGAACGGGGACCACCUGACGCAACCUCCACCUGCUCAUAUGGGCAUACCGCCGUAUGGGGCACUGGACGCGGGCAAAGCAGCCGCCGCGGCCGGUCUCUCGAGAGCACCGAUGUACCCGUUCUCGCCGAGCCAGUACCCGUAUCCCAUGCUUAGUCCGGAAAUGACGCAAGUCGCCGCUUCCUGGCACACGCCGAGCAUGUACCCCAUCUCGCCGGCGAACGCCGGUUUCCGGAGUCCGUAUCCCACGAGUUUACCCAUCACCAGUUCCAGUUUAUCAAGUGAUCUCUACCGGUUUUCGCCGACCGGCCUGAUGCCCCCACAUCCAGGACUGAGUUCGCACGCACACGCGCUGGCGUCGCACGCGCUGGUGUCUUCGGCGCCGAAGGCGGAUCACUCCACCCUGGAUCACAAUCACAGGUUCGUAGCUCCCCUUCGGGACAGGUCUAUUCUCGGAUCGAUCGUUCCAUGGAUCGAUUUGGAUCGCUUCUUCGCUGGAUAUGGCGGCGGGCCCGCGAGCAAACACGAGCAGCCCCAUAUGGCGAUGGAGCCCGAGUGCCUGGAGCCGCUGAACUUGGUGAUCAAAAAGGACGACACUGACGGCGGCCCCACGGUGAUCAGGGAGAAGAUCGUGGCGUCGAUCGACGAGGAGAAGUCCGAGACGGUCGAGGCGGCGAUCGAGGAUAACAUGGCGAUACUCCAGGACGCUGUCAAGUCCGCCGAGUCCGGCUUACCAACCGCGGAUCACAAGCUUUUGACCGCGCUCUACAUGAGCAGCCUCAUGCAGAUGUCGAGCUUGAACGCACCGCGCGGAAUCACGCCACCCCCCUACGGCGGCGGCGGCGGUGGCGGUGGCGGUGGCGGCGGUGCUGUCAGCCAGCAGCAACAGCAGAAUUUUAUGCAGCUGUUGGCGAUGGUGGAGGCGCGACACCGCAUGUGGCAGCAGAUGAACUGGCCGUCGUUGCCACAGAGCUUCCUGAGAAGUCCGCUGACGCUACCGCCGCAGCCGCCUAGCGCGUACUUUGACGGCUCGACGACGACGACGACGACGACCACGGCGGCGGUAGCGGCGACGACGACGCCGCCGAACCUGACUGAGCAGUUGUGCAACUCGCAGAACUCCGCGCCGACCUACCCCCUGUCCUGCACGAAACCCGAAUCCCUCAACCCCGACGUCAAACAGCCCUACUUCAACAAACGGUCUACGAUAGAACAGAAAAACUCCACGUCGUUGCCUACGGACAACGCAAAAGCCCAGGACACGGGUCAGCAAAACAAUCAAGAUAAAAAGAAACCCCAUAUAAAAAAGCCUUUGAACGCGUUUAUGCUGUACAUGAAGGAGAUGAGGGCGAAGGUGGUAGCAGAAUGUACCUUAAAAGAGAGUGCCGCAAUCAACCAAAUAUUGGGAAGACGAUGGCACUCGCUAAGCCGGGAGGAGCAGGCGCGGUAUUAUGAGGCGGCCAGGCAGGAGCGCCAUCUGCACCAGCAACGAUACCCCGGCUGGAGUGCCAGGGAUAACUACGGAUAUGGCAGCAAGAAGAAGAAGAGGAAGAAAGAACGCUCCGCAGAUCCCACCGGAGGUAACAACAUGAAGAAAUGUCGCGCCAGGUACGGAUUAGACCAGCAAAACCAAUGGUGUAAACCUUGCAGACGUAAGAAGAAAUGUAUCAGAUACAUGGGGGAGGGAGGAGACGGCGACGGCGAAGCCGACGGUGAAGGCGAGGACGACCACUCGGAGGACAAUCUGGGCAGCGUAGGUGAAGCAGGUACUCCCGAGGAUGACGAGUCUCUAAGCAGCCCCGGAGGCCUGUCCGCGUUGUCUAGUCUGGCGAGCCCGUCGUUGGUCUUACCAUCGCCCUCAAGCCUGGCCAGCCCGUGCCCGUGUCCGUUGACACCCCCAGUGCCACCCCCGCCUCUGUCGAAUACGAGCCAGCAGUCGCACAAUCAGCAGCCAACCACGACAACAGCGGCGGUGGCGGCGGCGGCGGUGACGACGGCGACGGCGACUGCGGCAGCGACGGCACAGCAGCAACAGCCACCCCCGCAACCCCAUCGCAAUCCCGUCGGCACGAAUCCGCACGACAUCAACAAUCCGCUCAGCGUCAAUCAGCUGACCGGACAGUGUAUAAAGAGCGAGCCCGCGCCCUCGGGCCCCUCCAACCCGGCGAUCAGUGUUACGUAGCCCUGGGCGGACCCACGUGACCGGACUGUUGCAACACGCGGAGUCAUCUACGGGGUCCAUCUAUCUAUACACACGACGAGGAGGCCGGGCGACAAAGGCUCGAUCGAGACGAGAACGGACGGGGGCGACUGGUGGACCGCUUCCGGGGCGAGGAUUCAUCAGCGAGGAUGACUUCGCUGUCGCCGAGCUCCCAAUAUUUUUACCUUAGUUUCGGUCCAGCGAGGUGGGACCAGAUAGGGGUUCGAGGAAUGUAUCGUACUUCCGAGAAGACAGUACGAGGAGUACUCGAAGUGAGAUCCGCUUGGAUCGGAUCAGAGUCGUGGACGAGUCGCGGCGACGACACGCGUCGUGUCGAUAGAUGUGAUUAACACGGGGAAGGAAGCCACGGCCGACAGGAUUCGAGUUCGGACGCGUGGAGAUCGCUCGACAAACGUCGUCGUGAACGACGCGACCGUCUUCGCAUGGAAAUGGGUGGUAUCGCCAUCGGUCGUUCUCUCCUGGCGCCGUACCCAACCUCGCUCGUGUCCGUUCGCCGGAGUAGAGAGAGAGAUCAUUCAGUGUCCAAAGUCGGGAAUAGCGGGUAGAGGUGGGACGUUAAUAUACGUGUAACGAACAGAAACAAAUAUGAUGCAGAAAUACUCAGGACCAAGUGUCUGGCUGUAGUCAUCCGCUCGGCAGGGAGAGAAAAAUUGCGAGAUAUGAGCGAGAGCGCGCGAGAAAGCGAGAGCGAGCGAGAGAGCGAGAGGGAAAGUGUGAAUGACAGUGAGAGAGAACGGAUAUGUAUGUGUGCGUGCGUGCGUGUUGCGUGCUUGCGUCCGUAUGCGUACGUACGAAACGGAGAAGGCGCAGAGUACACACUCGAUUAUGGUGUGUGUGACUGAGAGGGCAGACUCGCCGAAGAAGAUGCGCGUGACGCAGCUUGUAGUCCUUGUUACGUUGUGAUGCCAAUGACUGAGAAGUCAUGUUCCUGUGCCAGGUACUAUACUUUAGAAAGUAAUUAUAUCGCGAACAAGUAGCUAAGAGGUAAAAAAAAGCGAAGGAAAGCCGCGAAGAAAGGAAGGAGAAACGAAACGGUAGCCGGGCGCGCGCGCGCGUUUUUAUCGCCAUUGAUUUAUUCGCCCUCACGGUAUCAAAAUACCUAUCUUCUGUAUGUAAUUUGUUAUUUUUUUAAAAGUCUAUACACACAGUGCGAUUAAUUAGCGUGUAAGAUAAUCCCUUUAGUACUGAAUCCUUUCACCUUCACCGAAUCCCUGCUCACUCUCUACUCGAGUACUCUCCCUUCCUCCUCCUCUUUCCGUUCUUCUACAGAAUCCUAUCGUUUCUUGCUUUCUUGAUAACGUCGCUGGACGUGACGCAAUUGGCAGGGUUUUAUCAUAAUGUAGAAUUUCGAUAGAGUGGACUAAACAAUUCUAUCCGCGUAACACAAUGUAUUGUUGACCCUUUACGGUCGUAGUUUGGACCGUGCACGGUAAUGCAUCUUGUGCCGAGAUGCGUUACGACCGUAAAGGGUUAAAGCUGUACGUUUUAACACGUAAAUCGUUGCUGUCGCGAUCGACUUGGCACCACUUGAGGUCUUCGCCCUUCGGUUCGUUCAAGAAUCGAGAGGUGAUUAAUCCAAUCGUUAACCGACGAAUUCGCUCUUUCGACUGAACGAAGACAAUAAACGCGAUAGAUGAAGAAAAAAAAAAUAAAAAUGAAGAAAAGACUUAGAGUCGAGAGACGCGAACGCGCGAGAGAGCUUCCACACGAAGAUCUGAGCACGCUUCGUUGAAUCGUUCGCGACCAGCACGUAUUCUUUUUUUAUUUAUUUCCUCUUUAUAGACUACAAUUUUUCUGCAAUAUGUUCAUUCCCUUAUCAUCUGUAUUUUCUACUUGGAAAUCAUAUCAAUCCGUUAUAUCCUUUUCCCGAUCUAUAUUCCUUGUUACCCCUCUUUCUUAAUCUCUUAUGAGCGUGUAGCGAUGUACGGUUACAGAGUUUGUCCGAUUUAUGGGUUUAAUGCCGAUUCGUAAUCCAUAUGUGUGUCGAAGUACAUCAAGUGUCAGAGAAAUAUGUUUCUCUCCGUGAUUGUGCAGAGAGGUAAUUUUUAACUGUUGCAACGAACGGCGAUAUCGGUCUUUAGGAAGUAAAUUUGUAAUUAUCUCUUACCGAAGGCGAAGCGUUCUUCGGUGUUUUACUACUUUAUUUUUCUACUAUUUCUCAUUAUAUUCAUUCUAGUGUCAUUUGGCAUUUCGAUACGAUAGGAUAGUGCAGAUUCUCGUUAUGCGCGCGGAAAUCGUCGUUAGAAAUAUUGUUAUUGCGGAUAUCGGCGGCAUUGCGUUCUUUUUUUUUUUUUUGUACGUUCUAUUAUAUUACCUUGUUUUAUGGUGUAACGAGCAAACGAUAAGUGAAAACGUACCUCUCUGACAUUGCGAUGAAUGUAUUGAAAAUGAUAAAUAUGUCGAUGUGCGAAUUUGUGUAGACGCUUUGUUUGCGAAUGUACCAAGAAACUGUUACUUGCGCGGUAACAAGCUGCUCGCAAUCAUCAUUUUGUGAAUAUGUACCAGACUUUUUAUCCCUUUACUCACUUUAUAAAUAAGUUUCGAACUGAUUUUUUUUUUUUCGAAUGACUUUUAUCGACCUCUUUGUCCAUCUUCCAUAUGCUCGAUAUUUUCUAUACACGCGAGACAAAAAUUCGCCUCCGCUUUAAGAGUUCCUUCGAUUUCUCGCAGCGGGUAAUUCACAAUGUCGCUUUGUAAGCAGCUUGAAUCGCGCAUCGAACAUGCGCGAUAAGUCGAACACACAAUUGCGACGUGUAUUAAUAGCGAUCAAUUUUUUUUGUUACGUGACAUCUCGGUGCAAUCUAAUCCUUUUUACCAUUUUACAGGAGAAAAAUGAGAGAAGGCGCGUUAGCGGGUCUUUUGUUACGAUUGUUCUAUGUGCGUUCGUUUAUGGAGAAAAAGCAGCUCUUCUUUUGUAUAUAAAAUAAAUAUGUUAAAGGAGCAUUUGUUGCGGCGCAUGGGAAAGUGCAAUGAAGAGAGAUCGAGCGAGAGAGAGAAAGAGAGAGAGAAAGCGAGAGAGAGAGAGAAAGUGAAUGCCGAAGAUCGCGCGCGUUUCUGCGCUACGAAACGGGAAUAUAAACGUCGCGAGUGUGUACGCGAAUAUCGGCGAAAAUGGUUUUCCCUCCUCUAUCCCCUUUACUUCUCUCCCUUUCGCAACGCGUUUUUUCUAUGUUUUUCCUAUUUCUUUUUUUCCCCACCCUCUCUCAUCCGACUGAGUCUUAUACGGUGUCUGUAUAGCGAGCAACUUGACAGUCGCUGUGAAGAAAAAAACGCGUCGCUGAGUGUAGCAGCAAAUUGAACGUGCCAUAACAACACCAUGCCAAUAUUAUUGAUAAUACAUAUUGUUUUUAUACUUUACGAUCCGUUCAACAACGUCGUUCUGUCAGUCAGUCAGUCAGUCAGUCAGCCAGUGAAGCACGGGGCCUAUCGACGCGAAUUUGCCCUCAACUCUCUUAUACAUCUUCUUUUCUCUUCAACCACCGUUCUCCUUCACCCCUUCUUUCCCGCCCUUCUUCGUUUGUCGAUCGAACUCGACGAGCAGACUGAACAAAGAUACCAACAAAGAAGCAUAUGAAAGCGUCCCUCACCUAUUUUGAUGAAUCUUGGUUAUGUUAUAGACAGCUAUGCUGUUUCGCACACGUAUUCGAAGCCCAUCUGAAUCUGCAGGGAUACUUCCACAUGUUUCCUUCUAAGGAGCUACUUCUUGGUAAUCUUAAUGUAAGCCUCAUUUCUAUCUCGCUCGUCGAACGUUCUGUAUGUUACCGAAACGAAUCGAGCCGUGGGCAAAGCAAGAGAACGCGAUUCACUCGUCAUUCAGAGCACUUGGGCAAACUUAUCGCGUACGUAUAAGAAUACGUGAGAAAGGAAGAGAAAUGCUGACUGCGGAAUGCGUUCGAUCGAGGAAGCGAAGUACCUCUACCGAGUAAGUACGGGGCAAGGACGACCAGCGACAUCUCAUAAGACGAGCACGAGGGAAAAAGGAGACGGCAGACCAGCGGCGUCACCAUCACCACCAGGUCGUACUGACAGACGUAGCCACUAGACGAGAAUACAAGACUCGCGAAGUCGCGCGAUGUAUUAUUGUAUGCGUGCGUGUAUGCAACGAUGACUGCACUGUACGAGGAGGGUGACGCGAGCGGAGGUGAUAGUCCUAUCAGCGGAUAAUCGGACAUGUCAAUUGACGCGCCCUUGAACGCCAAGUAUGGCGAAGAUUCUCCUCGAAGAGGAGGACGGUAUAUUCUUGAAGCUCGCUCGCGUCACGCUACCUCCCUCUUCACUUUGCUAGGAACGAGACUACGUCGCGAAGGAUUCGGCGGCGGCGGCGGCGGCGGCGACGGAGUGCCUGCGGUGACACCGGAAGUUGCGUUCGAUAUCUCGCGGGGGAACGUUGUUGAUGCAAGGAGAUGCGUGCUUCCGGGAGAAUGCGAUCCUCGGCGGGCAAACUCGCUCGAUAUGGCCUACAGUCCGCACAAGAGGAGGGUAUCGAGAGCAGUAUGCGCGUCGUUAAAUCCUACGGGUCGCGGGUGAUACCCCCCUUUUCCUCCCUUCAUUAAGGCAGACGAGGUGGAAAGGUCCUCGAGCGGACAAGUCGGAUUCGGAGCUCGUGUCUCGCUUCAAGGAGUGGUUGUACCAUAUUGUAAAGUAUCAAUCGCGACAGUUCUCAGCUGCGUUGUACAGUGUUUUCUAAGUAUCUAGUUGAUAGAGUGUGUAAUUGAGGAGGAACAUUGUAUUUACAUUAAUAAGUGAUCUGUAUCAAAUUCAUUCUCGUAUAGCCGUACUCUUACUCAUGUAGAUGCUAAAAGUGAUUUGUGUCAUAAAGAAAAACCUAUAAAUAAAAUUAGCACUUUGAGAACGUU